AUGUCCUCGUCAACAACAUUCUCCAGAUUCCCCGAUCUUCCAGCCGAACUCCGUCUCAAGAUCUGGGAUGAAGCUUUGAACGGCCCAUCGAUGCACGUCUUCGACGUCUGCUUCCCCUCCUGGCGCGGCGCGGAGCGCAGCAAACGCGCCUUCCAAGACUCUACCGGCAACAUCUCAGAAGAAAGUCAGAAGCGCUGGAGCAAAUACAGCCAAUGCGUCUUUCUCGAUGCCGUCGAGUCGGGGUCGGCGGAGUUGAGUCGCAGCACGAGAGUAGCGCGACAUGCCCACGACCCGAGCGUGUAUAAACUCCGUCGAGCGCGAAGAUUGACAUCGGCCGAGGCCUCGGCGGCCUCGGCGGGCCGGAUGAUGGGUGGUACCAACACCGUCUACCUUCCCGGGCGAAACGAAAGAGUUGUAUAUAACAACGACGAGGACGUGCUGUUUCUACGGUUCCGGGAUGGCGGGGCGUUGACGGAGUUGAGUCAAGGGGUGCUGUUCGGGGAGUAUGAGGCCUCUGGGGCGAACAAUCUCAGCGAGGUUCUCGAAGGGCCGUGGAGUGCUGAGAUGGCGACGACGUUGCAUGGCGCUGGGAAGAUUGCGCUUGAUGUUGCUGAGACCUGGACGCCAGCUACCGUUGGUGCUGUGUUGCUCGAGGAGGUUGCGUAUUUGGGAUGUUGUUUGCAGCAGGGGUUGAGAGUGUUGUAUCUGGUUGACCAUUGCCCGGGCCGAUGUGCGAGAUGCAACAGGACGGACAAGAAGGCGUCGCGGCUUCAAAGCUCUGGUGCAUUGUACAAGCAAUUACAUGGCGAUGAGGUUGCGGAAAGAGCACCGGAUGUGAUACGUGGGGUCGGCAAGACGUACCGUGAGGUUUUCGACCUGGAGGGUCUCGGGUGGUCGGAUAGUCAUCCCAGCUAUGUCUUCGCGAGGGCCAUGAACGAGACGAUCAGGAGCCAGCAGGCUGAUGCGGAUGCGAAGAAUUUCCAAGGGGUGCGGGUAUUGGUGGUUGAGGAUGACAAGGUGGACGGUCUGGAUACGACCACGUUGAUGGACUGUAACCCGGAAGACGCUCCGGAGAAGAUGAUGGACAAGGUCUGGGAGAUGAGCUUGCGAUGGUCAAGUUGA